CAGGGGCUCUGUGCUGGGCUUCUUCGCCCCACUAACUCCAGCCUGUUGACAAACCGCUCUCUUGGGUUCAGGCACACAAGCCUUGGUCCCCAGUGGACAUUCCCAGUGCUCUUCCCAGGUAGGAAAGCUCUCCCCUCACGGCUAACCUAAAGCUGAAAGUGGGAAUGGAGCGAGGCGCUGGCGGCGCCAGGGGGUGAGUGGGGACCGCUGGAGCACCCAUCAGUGCCAUCACUGCCUCUCGAGUCUCAAUAAAAACCGUGCCUGCUAUGCACACGUAGCUUCAAGACUGCUCCCAAGCUCCCACUGCCAAUCAGAUCCCCUCUCCUAAAAACAGAUCGCCUCUUCUAUGAGAUCAUGAAUCAGGCAGAUAAAAAUCAACAAGAAAUCCCAUCAUACCUUAGUGAUGAACCACCAGAAGGUUCAGUAAAAGAUCACCCACAGCAGCAACCAGGCAUGUUGUCCCGUGUGACUGGGGGUAUCUUCAGUGUUACAAAGGGAGCUGUUGGUGCCACCAUUGGUGGUGUGGCUUGGAUUGGUGGAAAGAGCCUGGAGGUGACCAAAACAGCUGUUACAACUGUGCCUUCCAUGGGAAUAGGGCUGGUGAAAGGGGGCGUGUCUGCUGUGGCUGGAGGUGUUACAGCUGUUGGGUCUGCUGUUGUAAACAAAGUGCCCUUAACAGGAAAGAAGAAAGACAAAUCUGACUAAAAUAUGGAGAUAGACUUGCUCUCCACAGCAUUAUGAUGCCAGUGGCAUUGAAUUGCUAAAUUAUGGACUACAACCAAGUCACCUGUUUUGGACGUUUAUCUUCUAAAUUGCUGUGUUGAAAGUACUGAUGACUGGCUUUCAUCUAAAAAGAAGAGACCAAUACUAGCACAGUGUAUGAAGGUUUCUCAUACUUCAAUUCCAGCUUUUUAUCUGGUAAAAUGUUACUUAUUCAGUUGUAACUGAAGAUAUGGUAUAUUUGAAUAUUUACUAUAAGUCUUUCAGUUUAACUAAAAAUGUGAAAGUUGAAUUUAGUGGAUAAUCUUUACAGUUCCAUAUGUACAAUGUGCCAGGUAACUCAUCUGCCCCUUAAGAAGGGAAGCUUGAACUACAUAAACUGUACCUUUGAUGUGCCUAAUAGUUUCAGAUGUCUUAGUUUUUUUAUAACCAUAGUUGCUUAGGCCAAGAGGCAUUCUUUUUGUUAUUUAAGCUGGUAAAAGUAGCAGGAAUUAGAGAAGUUUAAAAGAAAAGAUAAAUUUUAUGAUACUGAGUGUUAACCCAUCUUUCAUUAGAUAUGCAUUAUAUUAAUUUAAUCAUUGAUGCCUUACAAAAGAAAACAUCUUUUCUAAUACCCUAAAUAUGUGCAGUUCUUAGAACUAUAUAUGAAUUCUUUUAAAAGUUGUGAAAUUAGUUUUCCCUUUUAAGGAUCUCAGGAGUAGUGGGGUAAAGGCAUUUCUUGCUCUCAGCAGGUAAGAUAAUGCUCGUUAACUUUUUGUUAACUAUUAGUAGUUAUAAGCAAAUCGUACGCUUCAACCUGGGUUCAUGCUCCAUCACUAAUACACCUCACAGUGCCUAAGGAACAUUUCUUUACUGGUCAGAAGCUAUGUUGUAAGAGUUUCAUAUUAAGGAGGAAUAAAUAAUUUUAAGUUCUUAAGAAUUAUCUAAAGCAUCCAAGAUAU